AUGGCUAGCUCAAUACGGGUAAAAUCCCUCUUUGCCAUUUUGGUUUUCCUAUUCGAAAUGAAAAGAAACGUUUUAUGUGCUCAUGACGAGGAUGUUACUUUAUGUUUGUCCGAAUUUAACCAAGACAAAGAAUGUAACGUAAGAGCUGAAUUUGGAAAGGAAAUACAAGUGUACUGUCCGAUAGACGCAGAACAAACUAGGAACGGAGGAGUUGUACGCAUGAAUGGGCAUGAAGUAAAUAACGACAACACUUGUUUUAGUAAAAUGAAAUCAAAUGAUACCUCCAACAGGAAUGUAAUAAAAAAAUUUGAAGACUAUGUACAAAAUUUAAUUAUGCACACAAAUGAUAGUGAUAGUACGCAUUAUUUGUACGUGCCACAUACCAUGACCACUGCAUUGUUCCUCUCUUGUAAUUGCAUUGACAAGUCCAAGCAGAAGGCUUAUAAGUUAAACAUCCAAAUAGCCAAAAACGAGAAAAAAAAUAUUAAGGGUUGUAAUUUUUAUUAUUCUGAAGAGGAAGGACAGCAAAAAGAGAAUUCCAUAGAAAAAAACAUCAAUGUAAAGUAUAAAAAAGUUUGCAGUGUAGAUGUCCACGCGAAUGAUGUGGUCUCUUUUAGGUGCAGAAUUCACAACAGGUAUAGCAGCGUCUUUGUUAAUCCUCCCCUCUGCUUUCACGAUGUUUCAAAUGAGAAUAAUGAAAUUCUGCAAAUUUCCGGGUUACUUAAUGAAGCUAAAGUUAUACCUAGACUAACCACUUACGUCCAUGAUCCUAUGAUGGCCAAAUUUUUGUCUUACCUGGUAUCUCCCCCUCAUGUAAACGAAUCCCUAAGGGUGGAAUGCACAUGCACGAUUACAGACAAUGUGCUUGACACCUCCUACGUAGGAACCAUCUCGUUGAAUUUUAUAAAAACGGAUAAGCUCCAUCCCGUCCAGGAGGAAGAGGAUGCCGAAUAUAGAAACAGGUGGAAGUACAGCAUAGAUGAAAAUGAGAUGGAAAACGGUGAGAAUAUAAACAAUUCAUCACCGCGGGACGGCAAGAAAAAUGCCAGAUCCUCAUCUGUGUUGACUGGGCUCUCGGUCGUGUUGUUACUCUUUUUGUUUUUACCGUGA